GUGGAGAGGACCGGGCGGCCGGCUGUGCGUGGGGCCGCGCGCGGCGGCGACUCCCAGGUCGGGCUGGACAGCGCAGGGCCACGGCUGAGGCGGCUCCGGUGACGGCGGACCUCACUGAGGACUUGGGGAUGUGGAGCCGAGUCCUGAAUCCGCUGGGAGGAGGUCCUACUCCCCAGCCCCGCUCCCCGCCCUGCCACCCCUGGAAUUGGGGAGGGCUCAGCCUGGGUGGAGGGAGGACAAGGACGCCUGAGACCACACGGACUGGCAUAUGGGGACGGACCUCCAACGAGGGGCCCAGAUCCAGUCUGCUGAGAUCUCCCUUCUGGCCGUCUUGGCUGCCGUUCAGGCAGUGGAGAAAAGAUGGAGUCUCAGGCUAUCUGACUUCAAAGCCUGGAGGGGUGCACGGAGACAGCAGAGAAGAAGCUGGCCGACUGCGAGAAGACGGCCAUGGAGUUCGGGAACCAGCUGGAGGGCAAGUGGGCUGUGCUGGGGACCCUGCUGCAGGAGUACGGGCUGCUGCAGAGGCGGCUGGAGAGCGUGGAGAACCUGCUGCGCAACAGGAACUUCUGGAUCCUGCGGCUGCCCCCGGGCAGCAAGGGGGAGGCCCCCAAGGUGCCGGGGCCCCUGAAGAUGCAGCGCUGUAUUUUUCAGAGCCUCGAGGGCGUGCCCCAGAGAACCGGCAGGAGGAGCUCUGCACGGGCGCCGUGAAGGGGAACCAUGAGGCCUUGCGCUCCCCGGGCUGUGCUGCCACCAAGCCAGAACUCCUGACCGCAACAGAGAAGGGAGAGGAGGCAGGCAGCCAUGGCUUGCCCAGUGCAGAUGGGGGUCAGCACCCUGCAGAGCUGUGGCUGGUCAGCAAAGAGAAGAGUCUGGAGGAAGAGUCCAAGGCGCAGGAGCCAGCCUGGGAAGCUGAAGGGGGACCUGGCAAGGAGGGCUUGGAGGGGCUACCUGUGGGGAUCUGCCUCCUGUCCCCAGGAGAGAAGUGGCUUCCAUCCCUCCAAGCCCCCAGAACCUGGCUGUGGGCAUGGGGCAGUGCCCACCCUGCACCAAGUGUGGCCAGAGCUCUGGCUGGAAGGAGCACUGUGUCCCCCAGCCCUGUGCCCACUGUCCCCAAAGCUUCACACAGUGGGCCACGCUUGCCUGCCAUCGCCAUGCGCACCUAUGCCUGCAGCCAGUGUGGCAAGAGUUUUGUGCACCAGUCCAUACUCGCCGCCCACAACCACACGCACACCAGCGAGAAGCCCUUCCAGUGCUCCCAGCGUGGCAAGUGCUUCGUGUGGAAGCCCAGUUUCACGUGGCACCUGCGCGGCCACCGCAGGAGAAGGGCUAUCCCUGCGGCCAGUGUGGCGAGAGCUUCACCUGUCCCUCCUGGCUUGUGCUCCACGAGGGCAGCCACGCCAGCCAGCCAGCCUCCCCAUCUCAUGCGGUGUGUGAGGGGGCUCCCCAGGUGGGGGGCCCGGCCACCUCCUCAAGGGUGCAAUGUGGGGAAGGCCCCCCAGUGACCCUUCUGCUGUGCCCAGAUUUGAGGGCACAGCAGAGGACUGAGCAGGCUCUCGGGGAGCCCCGGGGACAGGCAGCUGAGUGGUGGUGGUCAGGAAGGUCUGGCGGGGUCCCUGCACAGUUCUCCCUGUCGUGUGAAGAUGGAGAAUGCAGGCUAGCACCUGGAGAAGUCCCUUAAGGGGCCACUAAGGGUGCCGGGGCGAUUGGUGCUCCUUGAAUCCAAGCAGCCUCUCCGCAGGGGCACUCCUUGGCCGGGUGUGAGUCUCCUGUGCUGCUGUCUGGGCUUCCCAGGGCCCGUGAGGGGGGCAGAGUGCCCACGGGUGUCUUGCUACAGGGGGGUGGCAUGGAGGCGGGGCCCAGGGUGAGAUCUGAGCCUUACUGGAGGGGACUGUCAGGGUGUGGGUUCGGGUGGAGGGGAGUGGCUUACUGUCCUUGUUCUGUUAGGGGAGUGACUCUUGGAGACGCUGGUUAGGAGAUGGCGAUUGCUUAGUGCCUACACGGGGAGCCAGGGCUUGCAUACCCUGAACCGUGCCUCUUGCUUUCCUGGACGCUACCUGUACAAGAUCUGAAGUGCUUCCCAGGUGGGCAGUAGUGCUGGGAGGCCCCGGCAGGAGGCCAGGCUGUACCCUUGCCACCUGUUUAAUAGGCUGAGCCCAAGUGUCCCUCAGGUGUGAAUCCAAGAGCCUUGGUGAGCUGUCACAACAUGCACGGAAACUUUCCGUAACUUCACCACCACCCCUAAGCCCCCACCCCACCACCCUGUUACCUGAGAAAGGCAGCUUUGUGGGCCAUGUUGUCACGGAAGGGCCUGGGCUGGCGGUGGGCUGGCAGUAGCUGGGCGCUCCUGACUGGCCGUCUUGGCCCCAUAGGCCCUGUCCAGUUGGUGUAAGAUUUGCCUUCGAGCCGUUGUGGCAGGCAGGCCAGGGGGCCUUUCUGGAGAUCCAGCCUGUGCCGGCCACUAGGGGCACAAAGAAACCAGGGCCUGGUCCCCAGCCGUGGGGCUGUAAGGGUGUCUGCCAUCGAUGGUGGCAUGAGGGGAGCACACACAAGUGCCAGCAGGUGGCACAGGCUCCAGCAAAUGUCGCAGAAGCACCUAAACGUUGAAAGGAAGUGGGGAGAGAAACCUGGACGUGGCCUGCCAGCAGCUGAAAAGUCCCCGCAAGACCUAGUGGCCCUUGCGGGCGCUGGGACCCCGCCACGUGCUGAAUUGAAUCCCUCCUCUGCUGCUGGAGACCACCCAGCUGUGGCCCCGACUUCCCUGAUCCCCAGGCGUUCAGGCCCCCGCCGCCAGGCCAUCCCUGUUGCCCACCCCCCCAUCCCACCCCAUCACUGGAAACGCGUGUGGUUUCCGAGGACUAGCGCGGGAGGAGCUGGCGCUGCCUGUGCCGUCUUCCUCGCUGGAGCAGCCGGUGGUGACCCCUGGAGAGAGCGCUCGGCCCGGCGCAGCCCCCCAGCUUUUGCCGUAUGUCUCCAGGAGGUUUUGAUGGAAGCGCCAUGAUUUGCCAUAACAACUUCAAAUCUCUGUAAAUAAGAAAUAUUUACGAGGAAUUGUGAAUUUCCCCUCCCCUCCUCACCCUGUGAUGAUUCUUCGUGAUGCAGUGACAGUAUUUGACUCCACGUUCCGGUGAUUGGUGGUGAAUUGCAGUUACUUUCAAUCGAGCUUCCGUUUGGAAGUUUCUGAAAAAAGUCCUGGAUGGACAGACGUCCAGGACAGGGUUCCAAAGAAAGGUAGAGUCCAGGUGGGCUUGGAGGGCAGGGCCCUGAGCGUCCAGCCCUGUGCCCAGUGCGUAGAAAGCACCCUGUGUUUAUAGAGUGAAUGAAUAAAAAUGUUAACAUUUAUUUACCACUUCCUACUUCGAAUAAUAGUUAUACACGUACUGCAUUUCAUUGACCCUAAGAGCCACCAGUUGUAAGACAUACCUUUCAUUCCUGUUUCACUAGGCAAGGAAAAAAUAUGUCCAUUUCACUAUGACUAUUCUCAGUCAUAGUGCUGUUAAGGCAUGUACUUAACUCAGACUGUUAAGUGCAUCCCAACUGUAGACAUGUUCCCAAAUUGGGAAAAAUACAUGGGUGGUAGGUAUCCUUUUCAUUUCUUUUUUUUUCCAAGACAGUCUCACUCUGUUGCCUGGGCUAGAGUGCAGUGGCAUCAGC